GUGCAGUUGAGCUUUGUAACCCGACGUGGAUUGACGUGGAAAACGGACCUCGCGCGACGGCCAACGGGGUCCUGGGAAGUGAUAGUCUGAUUCUACUGGUUCUGGAUAUUCUUCUUCCUGAAUUGUGAACCCGAGGAUGAGGAGGAGGAAUAUGAUGAUGACGACGACGACGACGAAGGAGUACGAUUUACCGCAGUAUGACCACCAUGGGAUCCGGAAAUAGUAGAAGAGCAAACAGGAAUAGUAGUUGACUGUGUUCUGUGCGCGAGCGUGUGUAUGAGUGUGUAUGAAGUUGGAGUGAUUUUCCUGGAAGUUUGACAAAACGAAAAAAAAAAUGUUCUAACUGUGAAUAGUGGCGAGGAAAAAUGGCAAUUUUGCCUGUGUUCAAAGUGGUAAAAUGUCGACUAAAAGAUUCUCGCGAGAAGCUCAAACUGAUUCACUGCAUCCGGGAAGGAUAACUUUUUCGGGAAUCGACCGACGGAGAGUGGAUUUCCGCCAAGGAGCACUUUCUAAGGAUUACGUGAUGCAUUUACAAUAGAAAACGGAAAAAAUAGUUCCUGACACCCAGUGCGGAAAGAGAACAGCAAACAGGACGCGAAAAGUAUUACCGACAGAGAAAGUUGUUUUUUGUGCUCUCAUUGUUAGAACGUUACUCGUUGUGCGAACCAGACAACAUCAGGUAAAAGGGUGCAAGCAAAAAACAACACUCCAAAAAGCUCAACAUCAACAAAAAGUAGUGAAAGCGAACACUGUGAGCGUGAGUUCCUUCGGCGCCUGCUGCAACCACCCCAUGUGCUAAAAGUGAGUGGACUUUAGAAUAUUUUCCCAUCGCGAAAAAGAGCGAGAGAGAGAGAGUCUGAUUAAAACGGCUCUCACCCUCCCCAGCAGUGCAAUGUGUGAGAACAAGAUGGCCGCGGUUCGUACGGCCGAAUAUCACCAGCAGCGACCAACCUCCACCUUCAACUUGUGUGAAUGGAAAACCCCCCGUGAUACAUCACCACCACCGCUGUCGUCGUCCGUCUCCUGUCAUCACAGCGGCAUCGAUUGCGGUGGCGGCGGCGGUGUGGGCAGUGUCGCCCGGAAUAGUCGUAAUCGUAAUAAGCGCUAUAAUCGUAACAAAUUCGAUAAAACUCAGCUUGAUGUCGCGAAGCGACCACCGGAAACCAGUGCUGCCAGCUGCUUCCACGGUUCCGUGCUUAUGAAUGUACAGCAAAUUCUGCACAGCGUCCCCCGGGUGCUGCUGCUGGCCGGGAUUCUGCUGGCCUGCAUGGGCUCUCACCACUGCACCGGAUUCGUGCUCGACGGUUCCCAGAACAGCUUUGCACAGUUCCGGAAGUGGUACACCGGAUUGAACGGGUCGCUGGAGUUGGAGUUCAAAACGGAACAACCGAAUGGGUUAGUUCUGUACACCGACGAUGGCGGAACGUACGAUUUUUUCGAGCUAAAACUGGUGGAAGGGGCACUCCGGCUGAGGUACAACCUGGGCGGCGGAGCCCAGAUUAUUACGGUUGGGCGCGAUCUGCACGACGGACACUGGCAUAAGGUGCAGGUCCUCCGCAAUGAUGAGCACUCCACACUGACCGUGGAUGGUGUCUCCCAGAGUCGCACCUCCCGAGGGAAGGAGUUCUUGUUCGGGAAAUUUGCCACCAACUCGGACGUGUUCGUCGGUGGUAUGCCCAACUGGUACAACUCAAAGCUCGCCCUGCUAGCACUGCCGAGUGUCAUCUUUGAGCCCCGUUUUCGCGGCUCGGUUCGCAACUUGGUGUACUCCGACCAGCCCGGAGUGUCCCCCAGGAGGCAAGAGAUGCGCCAACCGCGGGACAUUAAGUGCGGCGACUCACCGUGUGAUUUGACAGCCAUUCCUCGCGAAAAGGUUACGCGGGACACGCACCAGCACAAUUACAACAGAAAUAACAAACACCAGCACCAAAAAAAUCGACUGCCAAGUUUUGCACCAUCACUACUACCACUGCCAUCAGCACCAAUAUCACCAACACCACCGUCAUCGUCAGCGUUGUUGCCACGACAGGCUGCCUCGACCACUGUCAGGACUGAACGAGACGCACAAUUUUCCGGUGUUUAUCCACCCAACUACGAUCUGGUGCACAACUGCAUCCGGACGCUGCCCUCGGACAAGGGCCUCAGGAGCAACGUAACGGAUGCCUGCGAACGACACGAUCCCUGCCAGCAUGGCGGCAUCUGCAUAUCGACCGAUUCCGGACCAAUCUGCGAGUGUCGCAAUCUCGAGUUCGAGGGACCCUACUGCGAACGAGAUAAAGCCCCUUCGGAAGCGACCUUCCGGGGCACGGAAUUUCUCUCGUACGAUCUGGGCCAGACCGGUGGCGAGCCAAUCGUUAGCGCACAAGAUGCCAUCACCCUGUACUUCCGAACUCGCCAACCGAACGGACUGCUCUUCUACACAGGUCACGGAACCGAUUACCUAAACCUGGCGCUCCGUGACGGUGGCGUAUCGCUCACGAUGGGACUAUCGAACGGCAAGCAGGAGAUGCACAUCAAACCAGCCCGGGUCCGCUUCGACGAUCACCAGUGGCACAAAGUGACGGUACAUCGGCGGAUACAGGAGAUUUCAUCGAUUACAAGCUUUUGCAGGCUGGUAGCCGUGGUGGAUGAUGUCUACACUGACCACUCUCACAUUGCCGGAAAGUUUACGAUGCUAUCGUCGUCACGGGUAUACGUAGGUGGCGCUGUGAACCCGCGAGCACUGCUGGGAGCCCGUGUUCACAACAACUUUGUCGGGUGCCUUCGCAAGGUGGAAUUCUCAGCAGACACUCUUCGAUUGAAUCUGAUAGACCUGGCACGAACCGGUUCGAAACUAAUUCAGGUAGCAGGCCGGGUUGACUAUCAGUGUCCCAGCGGGGACCCUCAGGAUCCAGUCACCUUUACUACCCGGGAAUCGUAUCUGCUGCUGCCACCGUGGGACGUCUCGAAGCAGGGAAUGCUGUCUUUCAAAUUCCGCACAAAUGAACCGAACGGAUUAAUUAUCCUGAAUACUGUGGCGAGACAACCGAGGCCGGAUUUCUUUGCGGUCGAACUGCUCAACGGACACAUUUACAUUCACAUGGACCUGGGAUCGGGUGCAGUUAAGGUGCGGGCAUCCAGACGCCGCGUGGACGACGGUGUCUGGCACGAACUGUCACUGCGAAGGAAUGGUCGCGAAGGAAAGGUUGGAGUCGAUGGACAGUGGAACGAUUUUCGAACCCCAGGAGAUUCGACCCAGCUUGAACUGGACAGCCCAAUGUAUUUGGGUGGAAUUGGUCCACCGUAUGCCGAUGUGGUGAUACCUCCGGCCAUCUGGACGGCAACGUUGCGACAAGGAUUCGUUGGCUGUCUGCGGGAUUUGGUGCUGUCGGGAAAGCCAAUCGAUAUAGCCGCCUUUGCCAGACAACAGGAUUCAGGAGCAAUAAAACCGUCCUGUCAUGUGGUAGCCAAUCAGUGCGGAGGAUCGGUAUCACCCUGUCAAAACGGAGGACAGUGUACGGAAGGUUGGAAUCGGCCGCUGUGUGACUGUUCGGCAACUUUGUUCACGGGACCGACCUGCGGUCGCGAAUCAGCAACUCUCGCGUUUAACGGAUCACAGCAUAUGGCAGUAUGGAUUGGAGGCAUUCAGGGAACACGAACUCAAACCGAAGAGUUGGUGAUACGAUUUAAAACAUCACGCCCGGCCGGUCUACUUUUACUAACCAGUGCUGAAUCCAGUUCGUCUGAUCGACUAGAAAUCGGACUGGUAGCCGGACGUAUUCGGGCAAACGUAAGACUAGGUGAACGCGAGAAGAAUCUACUGGCCGGUCAGGGCGUCCUCAACGACAACAACUGGCACACGGUGAGAUUCUCCAGGCGGGCGUCCAAUCUGCGACUGCAAGUUGACGGGGCAGCUCCCGUCAGGGGUAUGUUAUCGGAAGCAAUUCUGGGCCGACACAGCACCCUAGAGGUGAAAUCGCUUCAUCUGGGCGGUCUGUUUCACGCCGAAGAAGAAAUACAGAUGACGGCUGCAAUGCCCAACUUUGUCGGUCAGCUGCAGGGCUUUGUUUACAAUGGACACCGCUACAUCGAUCUGGUAAAAACUCUCGGUCCAGAACUGUCCGCUCUGCCGACGACCACCUUCAAACUGACGGCUCGUUUCGUAAACUCACCACCUGGCUCACCGUAUCUACCGGCAACGUUCCGUUCGAAACACUCGUACGUUGGGUUACCGAUGCUCAAGGCCUACUCGUCGGUGUUUAUCGACUUUCGCUUCAAGACGCUAGAGCCGAACGGUCUGCUAUUCUACAACGGUGGCAAACGGAGCGAUUUCGUGGCGGUUGAACUGGUUAACGGACAUAUUCACUACGUGUUCGAUUUGGGUGAUGGACCGAUCACGAUUCGGGACAAAGCACGCAUCCACAUGAACGACAACCGGUGGCAUUCGGUUAGUAUACGGCGACCGGGACCAAAGACACACACACUGGCAGUGGACGAGUCGAUUGAAAUCUACACGGCCAACGGGAACAAUAUGAAUCUGGAAUUGGAGGGGAUUCUGUAUGUUGGUGGUGUUUUCAAGGAUAUGUACACAAGGCUACCUACGAGUAUCGCGUCACGAUCCGGCUUCGAGGGUUGCAUGUCUUCGGUAGAUUUGACUGAUUCGUCGCCUAGUCUGACGGAGGAUGCGGUCGUUCCUAGUUCGCUCGUAGUGUCCGGCUGCGAAGGUCCUACCAAGUGUAGUCAGAAUGCUUGCGCCAAUCGAGGCAUCUGUGUGCAGCAGUGGAAUGCCUAUGCCUGCGAAUGUGAUAUGACGUCCUUCACCGGUCCAACCUGUUAUGAUGAAUCGAUAUCCUAUGAGUUUGGCAACAACAAAGGCUUGAUCCAGUAUACGUUUCCACCGGGAAGACAACCGGAUACCGAAGAGGACAACGUUGCUUUGGGUUUUGUAACGACCAAAUCCGACGCUGUAUUGCUACGAAUCGAAAGUUCAACGACCCAAGACUAUAUAGAAAUGGAAAUCGUCGAAGGUAACGUGUUCAUCGUUUACAACAUCGGUUCACACGAUUUGCCACUAGGUGAAAUAGGUGUAAAGGUGAAUGACAACAAUUACCACAUCGUACGAUUCACUCGAGUCGGAGCGAAUGCUACCCUACAAAUCGAUGAUUACAACGUUCAAACGUUGUUCCCUUCGGGUCACCAAUCGACGAUAUUCACGUCGAUGGCCAACAUCCAGGUCGGUGGUAAAAUUUCACGUAAUGGCCGCGCCCGUAUCGAGCGGCCAUUCAGUGGCGUAAUUGCCGGACUCUCGGUGAAUCGGCUACGCGUGUUGGAUCUUGCGGCGGAACGCGAUCCCCAUAUUAACGUGCGGGGUGAUGUGCAAUUGGUAACUGGCGUUUUAGAUAGAAAUGACCAAAGAAUGCAGCAGAAUUCUUCGGCUAAUUUCAAGACACCGGCCAGCGGCUACCCGGGCGUGAUGGAUGAUCUGAUCUUCAGCGGAGCUGGAUCCGGAUGCCGCGGAGAUGACGAAGACGAGUGCACUCCACCGUUCGAGAAUGGCAGCGGGGAUGAUUUGAUUACGCCGGUUUAUGUACCGCCAACGAAGCAAACGACACCGACAGGUGGAGCUAGCGGUGGUCGAAGAAAGGACGAAGGGAAACUUUGCGACGACGAAGACUGUAUGCACGGAUCGGGAUCGGGUGAAGUGACCGAGGUGUUUACAACUUCGACGGCGAAGAGUUCAGAUUCGAGCCCGGAUGUCACUUACACAACGGUCGAUUUUGAUAAGAAAACGGACGGAACAACUACACUUACUACUCAAGGUAAACCGGAAACGUAUGCUCCCAGUGAGACUACGCAUGAAAUGGAUUCUACCAGCAGUGGAACGACAGGUUAUGGUAGUAGUAGUAGCAGCAGCAGCAGUAGCAGUAGUAGCGGAAGUCCCAGCAGCACUGGAACUAGUUACGGAACAACCGUUUCCAUAGGUACGACAGGCACAAGCAGCGGUACAACCAGUGGAACAAGUAGCCGAACUACCUACACGACAGGCACAACAUCAGGUUCUAGUACGUUUGGCUCAACGACGCAACAUCAUACACCUUCGGAAACUACAGUCAGCUAUCGUGAUCGGGACAGAGAUCAUAUUCGUGAAACCACAUACCCACACACACCGUCAUCGACAACCGAGGAUGAAGAACCCAUCGACGUACGAAGACCGGAUGACGAAGAUGAUUCAGAACAAGAACACAAAGCGAACUCCGGUCGGCGACCACCACCAGUUAAAGUGAUGGAGGCACCAAAUCCAGAACCUGAACCACCGUUCAACUCCCAUCAACCGGCCUACACUCCGACACGACUUCCUAAACAUAAAGGAGGACGCAUCAAUUCGGAAGCUGAGGAACGAACGGCUAUGAUCAUCGGCAUCGUGGCAGGUGCUUUGAUUGCAGUGAUCUUAGUGAUUUUGCUAGUAUUGUGGAUCAAGUCGAAUGGCGACAGGUCAUACAAAACCGAACAUGAUAAGAGUGGUCUGUACGGGCAGGGUCCAAGUGCGGCUCUGCUGGGUGGAUCGCACACCAACACGCAUAAUUCACAAUACAACACGCAUCAACAGCACCAGCAGUCACAUCUUCAGCAGCCUCCACAUUACAACGGAAGUGGUAGCAGUGGUGGAAUGGGUGUUGAUCAUCACACAAACGGAGGUGGCACUAUGCCUCUUAACGGUUCGUUACGUCACCAUCAUAACGGUGGUAAUGGGAUGGGUGGCGGUAUGGGAAUGGGAAGUGGAGGUAGUGGUGCCAGCAUGGGUUACAAUGGAAGCGAUCGAGGUAGCAUGCAGUCAGGUGGAAUGGGCCAACCACAGAAGACGAAAAAUCGGAAUUCUAAAGACAUCAAAGAGUGGUACGUCUAGAUCACCCCAACAAGAAGAAAAAAAAACAAUACACACUAAAUAGGAGUCUACUCAACUACACACGACACGAUCGCACGCAUCAGAGACGAUUAUAUUUAUACUGCUGUCUCCGUCGUCAGAGAACACAACGGGACAACACACGCGCCAGGCAUGUUUAAAACUAUCAUUGAUUAAUUAAUUGUAUUGAUCAAUAAUGAACAUUGUGAUGAAAAGAACAAAAAAAAACUAAAAUAAGAUACAUACCUAUCGCCGAUUAUGGUCGUUCGUUAGCGCAAAGCUGAGUUGUAAAUAGCGAAGAACCCCAAAGAAAAGUAAGAACACAAACAUACACACACACAAAUGAGUCACACAAUGCUCGCAUUAUUUGAAAUAAGAGUGAAGUUACGAAAAAGAUGCGCGUGGUUAGAAUGAGCGUGUGUGUAGAUUACAAACUGACACCAAGUGACAGUGGAACUAUGUACAGUGGGAAAGGUGGAACAAAGUAUUUGAGCAAAUCGAAAGAUUUUGAUUGUUAUCCAAUUUUUUUAAGUUUUAAACCGUUAUACCGUGUAUUUAGCAAAUGAAACUCACUGUGUAAGAUGAUUAGUAGAUGUUACUAAAUUGAAGCGAAAAGUACUGUCAGUUAUUUGCCUCUAAAAAAAUGUUGAAUUAUUGGUUUUCGUUGGAUUGGUUAACAUUGGAAAAGCUGUAGGUUACAAAUUUACUGUUUUAAAAAUUCGUAUUAAUAGACCCAUUUGUGGGAAGUUUCGUAAUUUACCCCGCCUCUUGAAGCGGGUUCGGGUGAAUGGGUGAUGUUGAAAUUGUUAUCAUUGGUUUAAUCUUGCACUAUCAUCUAUCAGAAUCCUAUUCUCAGAGCCACGUCACCAAGUGACUAGAAGGAUUUUUUGUUUUGGUCACCAUGUAACGUAACUGUGAGAAUUGGGCCCGGUUUGCCUUUUUUGUAUUUAUUUGGUAUAUCUUCACAAACAGCCCCCUUGGCCCCAUUGGUGCUUGCUUAAAUUAGCUUUUAUCAAAUUCAUCGUCAAGUGGAUGUCAAAUACCGUCGCCACACUGUAAAAAAUGCACCGAAGUUCGGUAACAGCUUUCUGAAAACCAUAGUUGGUUCUCCUGAAAGGCUUUGCCACUACUCGGGUUCUUGUUUACCCGGUGGAUCCUUCUUGUCAGUGCGGCCUAGUUGCUUCCAUCAUAAUUUCGGAUUUUCGUAUAUAAACAAAAGGGUAAACAAACAAAAUAAAUUUAUAAAUUUACCGACUUUUAUUCUCCCCUGCUAUACUGUGCACCGCUGCUUCUGUUAACAGAUCCGGCAGCGGGGAGGUGAGCAAGAUUCUUUUGUUGGAACUUCCCUGGCUACAGGGCGACCAGUCGCCGGGUCCACUCAUUCCCCGUGCAUGGCCCAGUUAGGUACCGCAGUAAACUACCUCAGGUGGAUCCGUUGUCCUACCUACUUCGCCCCCCCCCCUUUACGAUUAUCUAUAAAGAAGAGCUAUGCUCGUUCGGCUGAUCCUCCACGGUGAGGGUGCGUGGUGUCUGGAUCCUUUGUAAUUAGCCGGGGAAGCGAGUGGCACCUUUACAAUUAGCUUCCCGUUCCCGGCGACCCAACACCACAAACUUACGCAACCGAUCCACGGGACGGUACUUUCAACGUGAAUCGACAUUCGUCCUUCCACAUGUUUAACAAAAAUUACUACACCUAUCUGGACUAACAAAAUCGUUCAUGAACAAAAAUAUAAACAAAAUUUUACGUAAAAAGUGAACGAUCAUAUGGAACAGUGGUGAGCAUUAUGUUGCAAAAUAAUACACUCUACGGAGAGAGUGCGCAAAGAUAGGUAUAUCUCCACCCAGUGCUAAAUUGUUACCCUGACGGGUUACAAGGUAAUCGCAGGAGAGAGCUAUUGCGUGAGUGAAGAUCUCGAGCUCGAAUGCGGGAGUGAAGAUCUAGGCAUCCGAAGAUUGUUAUUGCUCUGGCUGAUAGUAGGUCAGAGACAGAUAAGGAUCGAUAGCAGUUCCUCGCUGUCUAGAGUGUCGAGCUGUAUUAGCUGACAACUGAAAUCUGUUUAGGAGUGCAAAGCGCAUGAACCGGCGCACAGUGUCGCCUAGCCGGACAAAACCUCAAAAUUCCAUCUUAAAUUUUUCGUGAUUUAACAUUGUUCUCUGUUUCUUAAUAGGUUGAAUAGAGCCUUCUCAAAAUAUUAAGUCCCGAAGACGAGAGUUUAAUUUUUUACAGAACUUCAAAGGUGAAAUAGAUGAUGAAUUCUGAGGAAAACUCUUUUCAAACCUAAGUUAUUCAAAUGAAUAUAUCUUUUUAGCUAAGAUUCCGAUUGGGGUCAAACUGAUUUCAUUUGAAAGGUUAUUCGCUGGACUUAUAGCUGCCAUUCGAUUUAGUCGAUACAAGCCUUUCUUCUCGCUCAGACAUGAAAAACAAAUAAUAAAUCGAGCAAUAGUUUAAAAUUAUAAUAUUCAAAGUGGCUGUACUUUUUUUAAACGGUUCGGAAAGAUCGCUUGUUGUUCAUUAUACUUGAAAAUUAGUGUACUUUCCGAAAAUGAAUAUCUUGUUUUGCCCCUUUCUGCCCCGAGGUAUGACAAAAAGGUGAUUUUUCAUGAUACGUCUGAAGGAGACGCAUGGUAGCCUUUGACUACCCAGGGUUCGCAAUAUAAUUUAUAGAUGUGUCUUAUCAUUAUCAACAAUUGAAAAAAUGUGUAUUCUGCUAAAAAAUUCACCGCACCUAAUUUUUUUAUAUUCGUAAAUGUUGAAUUUUCGAACCACCCUAAGUGCCAAAAUUUUGAGGAUUUAAAAAAUAAAAAAAUAAACAUCAAACAUGAAUUCAACGUCACAAAAUUACCCUAAUGUGAAGUUUUCAUCAAAUUCGGGCCACUUUCGAGGUUUUGUCCGACUUUUGUAUGGAAGGUGAUCACUGUGCGGCGUUGGACAGUUUCGAUUCUGUUAACGUAAUUCUGGUAGUACGGUAGAGCGAUUUUAGACGGUAUACAUCACUAAAGUGUUUCGUUAUUCGAAAGAUGAAACCAAGCUGUCGCGAUGCCUUAUCCACAAUGUAUGAUGUGUGUGGUUUGAAUGUUAGCGCCGAAUCCAUGAUGACUCCGAAAUCCUAAACGUGUGUCUUGGAAUGCUCGAGUCGAACAAACGGUAGUUAAAUUGGAUAGAAGGGCGUUUCUGCGCGAACGUACAGAUUGAGCAUUUACUCGGACUUAAAGCCAUUCUGCUUUACAUUACACCACGUACUAAUUUAGUGAACUGGAGAGCUUCAUGUCGUCGGAGAAAGAAAGGCGGGUCCUUAUAAUUUGAUAUUAACGACAUUAAAGUAAAGGAUGAAUAUUACUGGGCCGAGGUGGCUUCCCUGCGGGAUGCCGAAUGUAGCACAGGAUGGUGCAGAAUAUUUAAUGCUGACUCCACCGCAGCAGGAACGAAACCAGUACAGAAGUUGUCCAUGAAUACCGAGUUUGUCUAUCCUUGCUAUUGCGAUAUCACAGUAGAUUCUGUCGGAGGUCAUAGACAGAUCCACGUAAAUAGCAUCGUCUUUCAAUCUGUCGGCGAAUCCAUCGAGUACAUAUAUUGUGAACGAGAGCAGUUUGGUCGUAGUCGAUCGUUUAGGCAUAAAACCGUGCUGGUUGUCUGCAAUGUAGUGUUUGUAGUGAAAGAAAAUAGUCCAAAACAACCAGCUGGAAUAGUUUUGAUACGGCACUCAAACACGAGAUUCCCGGAUAAUUAUCAAUAUUUGAUUUGUUUUCCUUUUUAUGAAAUGGAAACAUGUGAGCUGCUUUCCAGCAGGAAGGGAACUUUCCAGUGGCGAGCGAUAGCUCGAAGACUCGCCGAAGUGGUUCAAGAAGCCUGCUGAUGCACUGUUUGACAAAAAUCCAGAAAACGCCAUCUGGGCCCGAGGAAUCUGCUGGAUGCUUUUAGCUUGGCAAAGGAAUGGCAGCAUUAUCGACACAAAUUCGGUUGAUGCUUCGUCCUAGAAAAGUAGUGGAAUUGGCGGCGGCAGCGACUUGUUGUGGUGGAAGAUGCUCGCCGGAAAAAAAAAAUGCUUGAAAAUUUAUAGGAGAACAGUUGGCAAAUCUCCUUAGUGUCGGUGCCUAACACUUCAUCAAAUGAUAUACAAGAUGGUAAACCGGAUAUUUUUCGCUGCUCGUCACAUGCUAUCGCAACGUUUUGAGCUUAGAUUUGAGCUUACGCUCGAUGUUUCGCUGGUAUCUGAAAAAGGUGCGUUAGCUUUGUUGUUUAUAUUCGUGGUUGGAUUAAAAGUAGUGUUUUCGUAAUGUGUCUUAUGCUUCGAGAUUUUUUUUAAAUGCAGUUCGUUUGGCAGUUUUAAAUUAUCUAACGACUAUGUCGUAUGCUAACGAUGCUGUCGUAAUCAGCGUGUUUAAAAUCGUAGAUGGUAGAGCUUGUGACGUCUUCAAAGUUCUCUGCUUGGCUACGAACGAGUAGAAGACACCAUACUAGCCUUAUUCUGCAUUACGACGGACCGCUUUUUCAAAGGAAUACGAUUCACAUUUUCUAUAACGAUAGCAAAAUCAAACGGAAGUCAGAUUGAGAGCAGCUAAGCAGACGUCCGAUGUACGCCCAUUCUCGUUGAUGGCAUUACUGAUAUGCCGAAGAGUUGCGCUGCUGUAGCUGUCCAGAAUACAACUGGCAUUGUUGAUAAGCGCAGAUUUUUCGAUAUCCCGUCGUAGGAAUCCAUUACUUCCCUGGCACCAACUCAAGCCAGAUAAGUUGAAGUCGGCCAGCAUAACAAUAUCAUCAGUCGGGGUGGCGAAACGGAGGAAAAACUAGUUGGAAUCGCGAAUUUUAUCAGGUGGACAAUACACGACACACAGGAACAGAUUACCAUUGGCAAAUUUCACUGAUAGCCACUAGAGUGACAGGAAAAAAUGACCCCUAUUGGCCCAUCCCUGAUUCGAUUUCUAGUCCCACCAGGAGUACUUGCACCAAAUUUAAAGCAAAUCGGACAAGUCUAGCUACCGGACCAACGUGCCUGAAGUUUGUAUGGGAUUUUUCGACAAUUUACAUGGAGAAAACCCACUAACUCGCAUUUUUGCCGCUAGGUGGCACUGUAUGUAUCGCAUUAUCACUGUAAGUGAAAAUAAGUAAGAUAAUUUAAUUGUCUACAACUUUGCCGAAGACUGCUAGUGAAUUCGGCUUUGUUAAAAGAAGUUAUUAAGCUUUUAGUGAAGUGAUGUCUGAGUCAGUUUUGCAUGGGGCCUAGCAGUGCAUGGUUGUGUAUCAGUACUCGAUUUGCGCGAACUAAACAUUUUUGUGAAAUAACCGUAAGAUUUAGCUCUAUGAUAUAUUCAGAAGAAUUGUAGUAAAUAAUACGAGCUAUGUUUUGGAUACAACGUUUUAGUUCCACAUUUCACCACGUAGAGGGCGCCAACACUAACUUUUCAACGGAAAGAGAUAGAAAUUAGGUGUCUUCCACAAAGUUGUAGAACAGAUAUUUUCCAAUAAUUCUUUCGAACAUCUUGAAAGUCUAUCUCUCUUCUAUGAAAAGUUAGUGUUGGCGCCCUCUAUGCGGUCAUAGUUGGAACUAAAAUUUUUCAACCAAAACAUAACUCGUAUUAUGUCUUAUAAUUCUUCUGAACAUACUAUUGGGCUAAACCUAUCGAUUAUUUCACAAAAAUGCAUAGUUUGUGGGAAUCGAUUACAGAUACACAACCAUGCACUGCUAGGCCUCAUGCAAAACUGACUCAGACAUCACUUCGUUAAAAGUUUAAUAACUUCUUUUAACAAAGCCGGAUUCACUAGCAGACUUUGGCAAAGUUGUAGGCAAUUAAAUUAUCUUUCUUAUUUUCACUUACAGUGAUAAUGCGAUACAUACAGUGCCACCUAGCGGCAAAAAUGCGAGUUAGUGGGUUUUCUCCAUGUAAAUUAUCGAAAAAUCCCAUACAAACUUCAGGCACGUUGGUCCGAUAGCUAGACUUGUCCGAUUUGCUUCAAAUUUGGUGCAAGUUCUCCUGGUGGGACUAGGAAUCGAAUCAGGGGUGGGCCGAUUGCGUUUUAAAAAAUUCAUUAUUUUCCUGGGCAGUCUAAUAGCCACACUUGCUCGGUGCUCGCUCACUGAUCAUUGGGCUUUUAUACCAUGGCGAACGGCGAUAAGCACACCACCACCUGAUGACUUACGGCUGUUGAGGGCGUUGCGGUCACAGCGAUAGACAUCAAACGUUGAACCACCUUUCGGACACUUUUUUCGGAAGGUUUCAUGAAGUUUCUGAUCGUGUUGUUGAAGCAACCCUCCCAUGGCUUUCAAUCUGUUAGCCAAUUGCGUUGCCAUGCCGACGGGGCCAGUCACUCUACUGUCAUCGUUCAGUUGCAAGGGAGUCAUUCUACAUAACAUGUGGAUUUUUCACCAAUAACUACCGCUGGAGAAAAUUGCCGGAUCUGUCUCAAAUUUCGGUUUACUUCGGUCACAUGGACGAGCUGCGUACUUUACAAAGAUAGGCAAACAGAUUCUUAAUUUGGAAAAGGUAAUUUGAAUCGUCUUUUCUCAACAACGAUAUGCUAUAAAUUAAAAAAAAAUGUAAUGAUUUCUGCACUGAUGGUUACUAUGCCUACUAUGAGGCACUCAAACGAUGGUUGUCAAGAUGAUGGUACUAGCACAUCAGUAAUAUUUAAAAAUCUACUUUAAAAAACUUUUCCUUUUAAAUCUGUGUCAAAUCGUUCGAAAAAGUUUGAUUUCAACGUCACCCAAAAACCGCUCUACGUAAAAUCCCUCCACUUUUCGGUUGAAAAUUGCUUGUUAUGAAAAAUCGGAAUGGGACAAAACCGGUGGACCCUAUAAAGAAUUGUUACGCUCUGUAUAAAAGAAUGGCAUCUGUCAAGGCUAGGAGAGAAACUCACAAAAAAAACAUCUAAAAUGCAAAUUGUUCUUCUGCACAAAUUUAAAGCUAUUAAUUAAGUAAAACCAAGUGACGGAAACCGAAAAAAAAACUACCGCAAUUUUUACUAUUGUUAAGAUUCCGGAUACUCAAAACCUCUCUUCACAGUAAAAUAAAUAAACUCGUAAAUGUUCUCUUUUUCCCUUAUAGAUUGGUUUUCCUGCUUUCGUUACAUGGUUUGUCCGUUUGAAAACCAACAUGUUUUAAAUGUCCUAAAACUAAUUAUCAAAAACCAACCGACGACCGCUCGCGAUAAGAUAGUCCUUUGAAUCUAUGUAAACAAUCACUAUCACCUAAGUAAGACGUGAAAUUUAAAUUCUAACAUUUUUUGCUAUAACAAAAAGUCAAGAAUAUAUGUCAACUCUAAACCGCCGGAUUUUUUUUUGAAAAAAAAAAUUAACUCAAACUGUACUUAUUAAGCAGAAUAUUUGAAACAAACUUUAUAAUCCCAAAUAGCCCCUCCCAGUUUUCGCGAGGGGAUCUUCUGUCAAUCGAAAGCGACCCUACCGAGAGUAAAAGAAAAAUAAAACAAAGCCCAAAAUCGAAACUUUGAAAGCACACUUUUUGCCCUGCAGCAACCUUAAGCGCACCAUCCCGAAGUCAGUCAAAGGAUACACACACGCACCGUUUGUAAUGUUUAUUUGUAAUAAGAAAAUCAAGGAAUUACACAAUCAGAAAUUUCAUUUCCCUGCCACUAACCAAAAAUAAUAAAAAGAGAACUUUCUCUGCCGUUAACAUUUAUAUUCACAAAAAGAAGCAAGUUCACAUAACCUAGCAGAAUGAAAGUUUCGAAACUGCUUGAAAAACAAGUUGUAUACAAAAAGAAAAUUCAAACUUAUACACACGGUGGAAAAAGAACUUUACGACCGCAAACAAUUAAAUAAACAUUUUCUCUUUCUCUUCUUACGGAACCCAUACAAAAGUAAAAAAAAUGAUCGAUUAAAAAUGAUAAAAUUUGAAGGCAACCUAUUUCACUCAAUUCUUAUACUCGAGAAAGAAAAACAAAUGAAACAAUGAACCAGAACAGAGCAGAACCAAAGCCAGCAUUUUGUUUCUCAAAACCUUAGAUUGAAAACAAAAAAACAACCAAACCAGAAUCCGGCUGUCCACAGCUCACAACGUUUUUUUCUCCAUUCUCGGUGACAACAGCGCGAAACAUAGACAAUUCUACAAGCGACUUAGGAAUACUACGAACUUUAAUAAAACAAUGGAACAACAUAUCAGUUUUUAUACCACGCCUAAGAAGGAGAAGUAAAGCAUGAUGAAAGGCAGGAGAAACCCCGACGAACGGAGAGAGUUUGAGCAGCUUUAGAAGAGAAAUUAAUCCUGUCGAACAAACACAAUCAAAAGGCUAACAUUUUUCAUCACAUCAUCUGUCAAAUUUGACACUCGUUUGACAGGUUUGUUGACACGUGUUUUUUGUUCGUGGCAAUCCCCCUGACUCCGCAUCCAUCCACACCCGGGCAUUUGUAGGAAACAGACUCAUCUUUAGAUAGGUAGUUUGAAUAUUUCUCAUCCUUGAAGAAACGCCCCACAAACUAACAUGAAAGAUCAAAAUAUCUAAGAAAUACAUCGAAUCAUUUGUCACAUCCCUCCUAAUUUAUCGGCAUAAAACUAACACGUGAUUGUACUGUGUUUGAAAAAGAAGAAAAAAAACAACCGGGGGUGAGAAUCCGAUACAUCUAAAACAAAGCUACAUUAGAUAAGUUCUAAAUAUGCGAAUGGAAGGAUUUGACUGAGACUUUAGAAAUACAGAAAGGCUAGAAUGUAGCAAACUAUAGAUAAGGCUUACAGUAGCGAACAAAAUAUACCAGAGCAAGAUUAGACAAUGAGUUCUUGUAGGAGCUUUUCUCUCGGCAGCCUCCAAAAGUUGUUUGUACGUUCAAUAUGCAUUAAAAACAAAUUCUAAUGAAGACAGAAUCGGGUAGUUAGCAUAUCCUCCUUUAAUCCUGCGGAGGUCGUGCAGUGCACUGAGUGCCCAACGUUGUGAUAUUCAGACGAAAUAGCUUCAGGUGGACGCCUAAAUGUAGACUCAGGCACUACUGUCCGAGGGCUAACAUUCAGCACGGCUUGCAAGUGACAAAUCAUACGACUUUUUGGUUAUGGAAUAUUCUCCUGUUUAUUGGGUUAUUAUGUUUUAGUCGAUUCUUAACCUCCCACCCUAAAUGCUCAAUCGGAUUUAAGUAAGGUAUUUUUAAAUGUUUCGGGACGUUGUUAUUGUACCGUGAGAGCUUCAAUGGUGGAAUUUUUCGAUGAGCCCAAAUCAAUGACUUCCAUUAGAUUUGUCUCUGUACAUUUUGCGCUAGAAUUCGCGGGGGGAAACAAGCAGUAGUUUGUGAUUACUCUCAGUAAUUUUCCGAUAUUCUUUAAGUUCGUCCGGAACUGACUUUUCCUUGAAAAUGAUUGAUAUCGUCCAAUACGACUCCUUAACUGGAUGAAGGUGAACGAUUCGUACGAUCAACAUCCUUUUCUUGUUGUGUUAACACAGAAAAGCUCCUACCUAACGGAAAGACAGAAGAACUAACAACUUUAGAGAAAGGACAGCCAUCAUGUUAUAUAAUUUACUAAGCUGUAGAAUUUGUAAAAAAUAGCAAAAAAAAACAAAAGAAAACAAUAAUUAUUGAUAACUACUAAACUGAAUAAGAGACGACAAGUCGAAUAGCAGACAUGUAGUGAAAAGGACGAUGACAAAACAACCAGCCAUUUUGAUGAAAGAAAAAAAAAAACAAACAACAUAAUCGCUAAGCUAAACAUCUCAUCACAUACACACACCGGCAAAAUUCCGCGAUCUGAGCCCAUCCUGCUGAACAUGAGAAAUAAACAAUUGAAGCAUUCAAGGCUGGAAUCUUAAAGAAAAAAAACUCUUCUACAUAAUAGCAUAUUUAUGGCAAACAGCAUAAGUAAUACACUAUUAGCGAAAUCAAGCAGAAAAUGACAAAACCACAAGGACUUUUUUCUUGUUAGCUGUAUAGGUUGAUGUUAUCUAAAAAAGUGACUACACAAAACAAAAGAUGAAAAAUAAACAAAUACAAGCGGAAUAUUGUUUCGGUUCCUGUGUUUUGAUAUUGAUUUAUUUUUCCGUUGCUGUACAAUAGAGGUUAAGCGAGAAUUAAAUUUGAAAAACAAAAAGCAAACAAAAAAAUGAAAAAAACGGUCAUAUAAUGUUUAAGAUAAUAAGGUAAAAAAAUGUAUAUUUGAAGAAACAGAAAACUGCAGUUUUGUUGCUGAAAUAAAGAUUAAAAUUAUAAA